GGAGCGGGAGUGAUGUCUCCAGGCUCACAAAGCCAAACAUUACUACGUGAAUAUUCACACAAACACACAGAGAGGGUUGUGCUUGAUCAUGCCAACUCAUGGAUGUUUGCCUGGUAGCUUAGUUAGUAGUUAGUUUAUCAGUCUGUAGGUACCUGGAGGUUGACCACAGAAGUUCUGCACCAUGUCAGCGGUGACCAGUCAGCCUCUUCCCUUUGAUCGACUGGAGCGAGAGAGGCACAUCCAGAUGAUCUUCAGAGCUUUCCAGAACCGCUGUGGGCCUUCCUGUGAGUCCCACACUCACUCACCUGGACCCAAACUGCACCAAACACCUCCUGACUGGGAAUCUGAUGGGCAGCUGUCAGGUCUGGCUCCUGGGACACAGAUGAAGAACAAGCAGCCACCAGGGAAAGUGAGAAGGACAGGGGUUGAGGAAAAGUGGCCCGGAGGUGCAGCAGGAUCCCACUUUAUGUCUGCGCUGGAAACAGUCAGUCAAAUACAAAUCACUGCCAGACCGGAGCUGCAAGGUCCACAGUGUGUUCCCAGGAGGAUCUACAGCAUCACCACAGGAGGCAGCAGGUCACAGUUAUUUGUGGCAGUGGAAGAGAGUUCCUGUGUGUGCCUCCAGUGUUGCGGUCCAGCUCGGGCCUGCUCAUUGCAGGGCUUUGACUGUCAGGGACGCCAGGUCUUUUAUUUUGAAAGGCCUCUUAGGGUGGAUGCCUGCUGCCUCGGCUGCUGCCUAAUGGAAAUGAGAGCCUACACACCUCAAAAACAUCUCAUUGGCACUGUAUGCCAGAGGUGGAGCAUGUUCACCCCUCUCCUGGAAGUGUGUGAUGCAGAGGGAGCAUUGACCGUCAGAAUCCAGGGCUCCUGCUGUCCGUGUCGCUGCUUCUCCAACCAGCAAUUCCAGAUUGUUUCCAACAUUGGUGAGAAAAUGGGCACAAUAUGGAAGAAAUGGCCUGGUUUCGGUGACGAACAUAACAUGGACCAUGAGUAUUUUGGGUUGGAAGUGCCACGGAGUAUGGAAUCACACACUAAACUGCUGCUGCUGGCAGCCACUUUCUUGUUGAAUCACAUGUUCUUUGAAAUGAGCUGAUCAACGAAAAGGACCAAUCAUAAGUAAAUGGAUAAUGUUGAAAGCAGUCUAAUGGGGGACACCAGUUAAGUCACAUUAUGGUACAACAGACUGUAAGAUAGAACUGUAUUUGUACAACAGUAGAGGUGGAUGUAUUGGAAGAACCCUGCUUUAUAAACAAUAUCACAUUUAUGAAAGAAAAAUACACUGAACCAGCUUUAGCAGCAGAUGCAUAUUUGACAUUUAUUGCUAUAAUCCAUCAGGUGUACAUCCAACAGUGUUCCUUCACUUUUGACACACACCUGCACCCAUCAUCCCACCAGCAAACAUGGGCAGCAUUACAGUUUUUCAACAAACUAUAGGUGCUUUCUCGACAUGGUUCCAAAAAGCUGCUCCCGAGAAACUGAUAAAAACUGUAACAGACCCUGACCCUGGGCCCACUUUCAUUUCUUUUACUACAAAAUGGAAAAGGAGUGAAGGUCAGUGUUACAGGACUCCUAUACAACUUUGUUGAGGACAUUAAAGCAAAGCUCAUCCCGUGGAUUCUUUUAAAGGCGGGGUAAAAACAAAAGAGACAAAAGGGAAAACUGGUUCGGGUCGGGCUCGAGGCCAGGCACAGUGAUUUAGGCAGCUUGGCAGUCCAUUUUUAAGAUGCCGGUCAUACAACCUUCUGCCCAGCACAGGAUGGUCCUCAUCCUUUGGGAUUCAACUUCCAAGUCAAAGAUGGAGAAUCAUUGCUGAUUCAGUUAAGUGAUCUUUGAAGUGGACUGUAUUUACAA